GUCUCUACUAUAUUAGAAAUAUGUCGUCUUUAAUUUCAACGUCAGUUUUAUCAAAAAUAAUUUAUACAGGGCCAACAAUAAUACCAACUUGUGGAUUUCAACAAGUAAGAAAUAAAUGGACUCAAUGGAAGACUCUCAGAGAUAUGAAAAGAAGAAAACUAGCUAAAGACUAUGCUGAAGAAAGACUGCGAUUAGUUUCUAUGAAGAGGAAUGAUAUUCUUCCUGUAGAAAUAAGAGAUUUGGCCAGUAAAGGAUUUGAUAAUAUUCCUCGUCAAUCUGCUCUAAGACAAUUAAGAAUGCGUUGUGUAGUUACAUCAAGAGGUCAUGGUACUGUUAUAAGAUGGAGAGUUUCUAGAUUAAUAUUCCGUCAUUUGGCUGAUUACAAUAAAUUGGCUGGUAUCCAGAGAGCGAUUUGGUAGUUUAUAUGAAUUUUUAAAAAAUGAACGUUACAAUAUGAAAUAUUAAAACAAGUGUACAUUAAUUCUUACAAAAAUUAAAAUAUUCAUUAUUUAUUCAUCUGUCUGUUAUAUUAAAAAGUUUACAUACUCUUAUAAUAAUUUAGAAAUUUUAUAUUAGACAUAUUCUCAAAGAAUAUUUCAAGAGACUAAAUUUUGAUUUAAAUGAAUCUGUGAUUUUUGUUUUGUUUAGCCAAAUAAAUGAAUAAAAAAAUCUUCGAAAAUUGAAAAAAUUCUACUUUUAGUAUCAGUAGUUGA